CUUCGGUAAAAACCCGGGUAUUUUCUGGUCUUCGGUUUUAUUCGUCUUCGGUGGAAAACUACGAUUCUAACUGAUCAUCAAUCCUAGAAGGUUGCAGAGACGACACGAUUAAUGUUUGUUUCUGACCAGUAGUGAUUGGAUUGUAUCUCAAAGGAAAUUAUUUAACCCUUUUCCACCGUGAAGAGAACGAACUACACACUUAAGUGAGUUAAGACAAAAGAAGACGUUCAAAAGCAGUUUUUGUACUGCAUUCUUCAUAUUGAAUUUUGUUAAAUUUCGCGAAGAUGAAAGAAGAAGAAGUUAAAAGGUGCCAGAUUCAAGAAUGGUACCCGAAAUUCAAGUCUGUUUCGAUCAAAACCCAAAUUCAUGAGCUUCCAGAACUCUUUGUUGAGUACCUAUUAGAUGAUUCUGGACCUUUCCUGCUUCCUGAGUCUAUCACUGGUGAAGAUGCAUUGCCUCAAAGAAUCCGCAAUCCUGAAGAAGAAGACGACUUCCAAGUUCCAGAGGAUUCUGAAGAUGAAUCUGAACAACCUUCACCACCACCGUGUUUCCCAGAACUCGAACUGGUUGUUAAACAAUCAAUUGAGACAUUUGACGGGGCUGUUUUCCCUAAACUUAAUUGGAGUGCUCCCAAGGAUGCUGCUUGGAUAAGUACGACAGGGAACUUGAAAUGCACCUCCUUCAGUGAAAUUGCUCUCUUGUUAAAAUCCUCCGAGACUUUAACGCAUGAUCUCUGCCAUGCCUUUGAUUCUUGUGAUGAUAAAACCUCUUCAAGGCCAUCAACAUUCUACUUAGCUCUUCGAAAAUGGUACCCAUCUUUCCAUCCAGAGAUGGAAUUUCGUUGCUUCGUUAGCCAUCGUCACCUUAUUGGAAUCUCUCAGCGAGAGGUCACCUCAUUCUAUCCUGUCCUUCUGGAGAAGAAAGAAGUUCUUGAGAUCUCGAUCCAGAAGUUUUUCAUGGAGAAUGUCCAAAAGGUAUUUGAGUCGGAGAAUUACACUUUCGAUGUUUAUGUGACCGAGGAUGGGAGGAUUAAGAUUGUUGAUUUUAAUCCUUGGGGAGCCUUUACACUGCCACUGUUAUUCGAUUGGGAAGAGUUGGAAACGGGUCUUGUUGAAAAUGGCGAUCCUGUUCAGUUUCGAAUUAUUGAUACCCGAUGUGGUGUUCGACCAGGUUUGAAGACUGCAGUUCCAUAUGAUUACUUGGAUACAAGCCCGGGUAGUGGCUGGGAUCAGUUCUUGAGGAACGCUGAUGAGGAACUGAGGAUGCAGUCUAAAUCUCCCGAAGCUGGUGCUUAAGGAUUUCAGGUUUAUUAACAAGUUCACAUCAAGUUGCCUCAAGUCCACUCCAUCCACCUUUAUUGCUCCGCCACUGACGUCAUAAAAUCUCUGAAUCAACCCGAUCACCGUUGAUUUUCCACAACCACUUUUUCCAACAAGGCCGAUGCUUGAGCCCGCUGCCACCUUUAAGCAGAACUGGUGCAAUACUAGGCGAUCAGGCCGAUUUGGAUAGGCAAAGUCAACUUUAUUCAGCUCUAUGGCUCCAGUCAUUCCCUUCAGCUUUAUUCCUGUUACAUUGCUGCCUACCUGUCAGACACAGUUCAGUCAAUAACUCCAUGCUUAUGGAGUUGGACAUAAAGAAUAAUCAUUUUUGUAACUCAUAUGUAAUUUUAUCGCCUAGGUCUUGCAGAUUUACUUCUAGAAAAUCAAAUAACUUGCUAUUAUAGCCUAGAUUUAACUUGUUUCAUCA